AUGACACUUUUGAGUGACAUUUCGGAAUAUCUUCCAGACAAAAAUUACUAUAAAUUAAAGGAAACGAACACAAAACUAAAUGAAGGAUAUACGACUAUUGAGCCAAAGCGGAAAGCCAUCAUUGAAAUUUCCAAUUGCCCCAAAUCGUUUUUUAGAAAAAACAAUCGACCACGGCGGGUUUGCUUCUGCACUGACGCUUCAAAUGUUGUGCAUAAUCCUGGUGGCACAAUCAAUCCAAUUAUUGAAAAAUCCGCCACGGUCGAGCCUAGCUUUGAGUGGAGUGGCGAAAAACAAGUCGUAGAAAUUGUCAAAAGAAUUGAUUUGUGGCCGGAGAUGUCCCAAGAUGAUUAUGUUUGCAGACCAAUAGACAAAAAGCUGAAUCUUGAAAAUUCAUAA